CGCGCAGCGGGGAACGGAUAACACAACCAGGGGCACUUUGGUCAGAGCGCAGGCAAAAGUAGUGCAAACCAUGGGGGCUUAACCACGGCAGGCGUUUCUUUUAUUCAUUUCUGAUUUUUUUUUUGCUUUGUUUUCGGCGUGGUCUCCUCCACCCACCCACCCUCCGCACACCUCUUCACAGAGAGAGGCGCGGCUGUCCACGGGCUCCGGGCUGAAACGUCAGCUUCUCGGCUGAAGUUGUUUCCAGUUGAGACGAGUUCACGUGUGGAGGAAGCGAGGCAGGAUGUAUCAUGAAGAAAGCGCGAAGUUGCACAGGCCGCGCUAUGGAACCAUUGAGGAUGAUGAGAGGCUUUCGGCAGAGGAGAUGGAUGAGAGGAGGCGGCAGAACAUCGCCUACGAGUACCUGUGUCACCUAGAGGAGGCCAAACGGUGGAUGGAGGCCUGCUUGGAGGAGGACUUGCCCCCCACCACCGAACUGGAGGAGGGACUCAGGAACGGUGUUUAUCUUGGAAAACUCGCUAAUUUCUUUGCCCCUAAACUGGUGUCUGCAAAAAAGAUCUAUGACCGAGAUCAGGCUCGUUAUAAGACCAAAGGGCUGCACUUCAGACACACUGACAACACGGUGCAGUGGCUCAGAGCCAUGGAGUCAGUGGGCCUUCCCAAGAUAUUUUAUCCAGAAACCACUGAUGUGUAUGACCGUAAAAACAUGCCCAAGGUGGUGUACUGCAUACACGCACUAAGCUUGUACUUGUACAAACUGGGGAUCGCGCCACAGAUCCAGGACCUGCUGGGAAAAGUCGACUUCACGGAGGAGGAGAUCAGUAACAUGAGAAUUGAACUGGAGAAGUAUGGUAUUCAGAUGCCAGCUUUCAGUAAAAUCGGAGGAAUCCUGGCCAAUGAGCUCUCUGUGGACGAGGCGGCUUUACAUGCUGCUGUAAUCGCCAUCAACGAGGCAGUCGAGAGAGGCCAGGCGUCCGUCACGAUGGGAGCCUUGAAAAAUCCAAACGCAAUGCUGAGGAAAACCCAGGAAGUCCUGGCUCAAGACUACCAGGAUACACUGAGGCAGGCUAAGGCUCGCAAACGGGAUCAGUCGUCAGGAAGGCGAUUAUCAGUUGCUACAGAAGAAAGAGACGUUUAUGAAGAGCUACUGACUCAACAGGAAAUCCAGAGCUGCAUCGAUCGUGUCAACACCCAGGCAGCAGUACGGCAAGUGAACCAAGCAGUGUUGGUCCAAGAUGAAGCUGCUUUGAUGGCUGCACUUAGACUCGAAGCCCUUUCCCUGCUGGGCGUCCAGGAGGCAAACAGCGGCUGCUACCUGGAGCAUUUUACAUCCUACACACAACAAAAAUCAAAGGAUGGUGGGAGGUCGGUAGCGCUGGACAAAGAGGAGAUUCACAGAAUCGUCAGCUCCUGUAACGACUUUGCAGAGGCAGAGAAACGCAAACUUGAGGCAGUUGCGCGGAUCAACGCCGCCAUUCGUCUGGGCAAUGCUGUGGAGACGGUGGAGGAGCUGCAGAGCCCUGAGGCACAGCUGCCAAUCGUCUACCAGAAUGCGGCCAACCUGUAUCAGACCGAGCUGUUUAGUUUGCAGCUCCAAGGAGGACGGUCUGGACUGAGUCACGAGGAGCUCAGCGUCGCUGUGGAGAUGCUGUCGGCGGUAGCGGUCCUGAACGAGGUGCUGGACACAAAGGAGCCGCAGGCUGUCAUUGAGCAGCUGACGGACUCUCCGCUGGGCUUCACAAAUAUAGAGCACGACAACCUCAACAGGUACGCUGACAUGCUUAUUGAAGAGCGAACCGAGACUCUUUCCAAGAGCCAGGAGUUUCUCUCUUGGAACGAUGUUCAGAAAUGCAUCGACAUGGUUAACGUUCAGGUCCAAGAGGAGCACGAACGUAUCAUCGCUAUUGCAGAGAUCAACGAGGCGCUGAACUCAGGAGAUCCUCAGCAGACCCUUGCAGCUCUGCUUCUCCCUACAGCCAAGCUGACGGGAGUAAACCCAGCCACAGCGAAGCAUUACCACGACCUACUUCAUUAUACCAAACAGCUUCUCUGCCAGACUUCUGGAGAUGAAUCUGCGGUGCUCUGGCUGGACCAAAUCCAGGAAGCUAUCCUCACAGCCAAUCAGGACGAAGCAGAGGCCCUGACAAUGGCUGGAGCUGUUGCUCAUAUUAACAGGACAGUGGAGGAAGGGGACCCCCAGAACACCUUGCAGGCUUUGCAGAGUCCAAGUGCAGGACUGAGAGCGGUGCAUCCGGACUGUGCCGACACAUACCAGAGUGAACUAGCACACAGACAAACAACAAACGCUAGCAACGGCAGCAGCGAUGGUGUUUGGGUAAAACACAGCAUCAAGGACAGAUACGACUACUUUUACAGCCUGGAGACGGGGCAGGGCAGCUGGGAAGAGCCGGAAGGAUUUGACCAGAAAGCUGCGCAGCUCAGCAAAGAAGAGAUCCAGAAUGUAGUCAACUGUGUGACUGCAGAGUACAACAGGGAACAGCUGUGGUUGGCGAAUGAAUCGUUCGUCACGCAGCUGCAGGCCAGGAUCAGAGGUUACCUGGUCAGAAAAAAACAUUCACAGAGAAUGGAGUAUCUACACCAGCAGGAACCACAAGUAGUUAAACUCCAGGCUUGCUGGAGGGGCUAUAGACAGAGGAAAAUCUACAUAAGGAGGAUUAAUUUGCUUCAGAAAAGUGUUGCUUCUGUGAUCAAGAUCCAGUCUGUUGUGAAAAUGUGGAAAGCAAAACGAAAGUACAAUCAACGGUUGCAGUUCUUCAGAGACCAUGAGAAAGAAAUUGUGAAAAUCCAGGCUUUUCUAAAGGCGAACAAGGCAAGAGAUGACUACAGGACAUUAACUGGCGCCAGUGAUCCUCCGCUGUCGGUGGUCCGAAAGUUCGUCCACUUGUUGGAGCAGAGCCCCCUGGACCUGCAGGAGGAGCAGGAGGUGACCCAGCUCAGGGAGGAAGUGGUCACAAAGAUCCGCUCCAACCAACAGAUGGAGAAAGACUUGAACGUGAUGGACAUCAAGAUCGGCCUGCUGGUGAAGAACAGGAUCACGCUGCAGGAUGUUGUUUCACAUAAUAAGAAAAUGAAGAACAAGAAAAAUAAAACGAGUACAGAUGACCAGACUACUGGAGAUGGACUUGGGAUUAAAGGCCUUAGUAAGGGUAAAAGAAGGAAACUGGAAGCCUACCAGCAUCUCUUUUAUCUGCUACAGACCAUUCCAUCCUAUCUGGCUAAGCUGAUCUUUCAAAUGCCCCAAAACAAGUCUACAAAGUUCAUGGACACGGUGAUCUUCACUUUGUACAACUACGCUUCCAACCAAAGAGAGGAGUACCUGCUGCUCAAACUCUUCAAGACUGCGCUGGAAGAAGAGAUCAAUUCUAAGGUGGAUCAGAUCCAGGACAUAGUGACGGGCAAUCCCACAGUCGUCAAGAUGGUGGUGAGCUUUAACAGAGGCGCCCGAGGCCACAACACCCUCAGGCAGCUGUUGGCUCCAGUGGUCAAAGAGAUCAUCGAUGACAAAAGUUUGGGCAUCAACACCAAUCCUGUGGACGUGUACAAAGCCUGGGUCAACCAGCUGGAGACGGCGACCGGAGAGGCCAGCAAGCUGCCCUACGACGUGACCCCUGAGCAGGCCAUGUCGCACGAGGAAGUACGCAACAGGCUGCAGGCCUCCAGCGUGGCUCUGCGGGCCACAACGGAUAAGGUGUUGAGCUCCAUCGUGUCCUCGCUGGACAAUAUCCCUUAUGGCAUGAGAUACAUAGCAAAGGUUCUGAAGAACACCCUACAUGAAAAGUUUCCAGAAGCCUCAGAGGAUGAGCUGCUGAAGAUUGUGGGGAACCUGCUGUACUACCGCUACAUGAACCCAGCCAUCGUGGCGCCGGACGCCUUCGACAUCAUCGACGUGUCGGCAGGAGGCCAGUUGCCAAACGACCAGCGGCGCAACUUGGGGUCUGUGUCGAAGAUGCUGCAGCACGCUGCUGCAAACAAGCAUUUUGAGGGCGAGAAUGCACACAUGACGCCGAUGAACACCUACAUAUCCCAGAUGUAUGAGAAGUUUAGGUUAUUUUUCCAGGCUGCUUGUGACGUCCCUGAACUCGAGGAGAAGUUUAAUAUUGACGAGUAUUCAGACAUGGUGACUCUGAGCAAACCUGUCAUCUACAUCUCUAUAGAGGAGAUCAUCAACACCCAUUCGCUGCUUCUGGAGCACCUGGAGGCCAUCUCUCCAGACCAAAAUGACUUGCUGCACGAGCUGCUGCAGGACCUGGGAGAUGUGCCUGAUGUGGAGGCUUUACUUGGCGAAGGAGCUGUAGGCCCAGAUGUCCAAAACAGAGAAAGUGCUCUGAGUCAGCUGGCAAAGACUGAGAUCUCGCUAACGCUGACCAGCAAGUUUGAGCUGCUGGAGGGAGAUGAGAAAGACUUGAAGACCCUCAUGAGAAAGACAAAAAAGCUGAUAGUUGAUGUGGUUCGGAUUCAGCAUGGAGAGACAUUACCAGAGAUCCUGGAGACCCCGGCCACUGCGCCACAGGAGUCGGAGCAUGCCAAGCUGGUCCAGCGUAGGGCGGACCAGGAUGCUCAGACUCCAGAGGGGCUGAAAAGCAGCCCGGCGGUGUUGGAGGACGGCCACCUGCCUCUCGAGCAGAAGAAGAGGAAGAUUUCCAGGAAUCUGCGUAAUCUCGAGCAGGCUGGCCUCGUCACUGCCAGCAACAAAUACCAGGACCUCAUAAACGACAUUGCAAAGGACAUCCGGUACCAGAGGCGCUACAGGCAGAGGAGGAAGGCCGAGCUUACAAAGCUUCAACAGACGCUGACGGCGCUCAACUCCAAAACCGCCUUCUUCCAGGAACAAAUGAACUAUUAUGACACCUACAUCAAGACCUGCCUGGAUAAUCUCAACCGCAAGAAUUCACGCAGAUCCAUAAAACUGGACAGUAAAGGAGAAGAGAAGGGCAGUAAGAAGUGGAAGCCACAGUCUCUGAAGUACACGGCCGCCAGGCUCCAUGAGAAGGGAGUCAUCCUGGAGAUCGAAGGUCUUCAGACAAACCAGUUUAAAAAUGUUAUGUUUGACAUUUCUCCCACUGAGGAAGUUGGAGACUUUGAGGUGAAGGCCAAAUUCAUGGGGGUUGAAAUGGAAAAGGUCCAGCUUCAUUUCCAGGACCUCCUUCAGCUGCAGUACGAGGGCGUGGCCGUCAUGAAGAUGUUUGACAAAGCCAAAGUGAACGUUAAUUUGCUCGUCUUCCUUCUCAACAAGAAGUUUUAUGGAAAAUAAAGCCGGAGGAGAAAGUGUCGGGAGCAAAGCUGCUUGUGCCUUCUGACGCGCUGAACCAAAUCGGUCAACGUUGUUUCAUCUCUUAAUUUAAUGGAUCACAUCCAAAUGAAAUGUCAACGUGUCUGUUCCGUUUCAUUUUGUCUGUGUUGAUUUGUAAAUGUAAUGUGCUUUUUAAGAAUGAAAGUGUAAUGGUAUUCAUAUUUUAUAUGUAAAAGACACAAAGAGUCCUUCCCCAUGUUGAAGAAACGGUCAGUUUUUUAUCAACGUUUGAAAAGCGACGAUGCACCAUGGAGAUAUCUAGUACUACAGUUUACCAGUGCCUUUGAAAUACCUAAAUAAAAUGUUAUAAUUCAACAUUAAAGCUACAAGAGAUCUAUUUUAAUGUUGCUAUUGUUACUGUAUAAUUAUAUCGCAAUAUUUGAAAAAAAUAAAUUACAUACGUCAAUAA